UUUAAAUUUUGUGGUCUUUUUCAAUUCUGAUAUUAAAGCAAGUUUGAUCAUGUACUUUUAAUGAGAAGCGGUUUUACUCAUAGUUCACUUUUUGCAUGAAACUAAUGCUGCAUGAAAAUACUUUAUUUGCAUGAACUUGGGGAUAAAACUGUAUUGUAAUAUAUAUAACUUUUAAUUGACAAGAUUAAUUAAGGCUAACUUUAUGGUUAAACAUGACUUUCAGCAUGGAGGUUAGGCAACUAUAUACAUGAAAACUCCUAUCUUCCUGCCUAAAACUGUCAACAUAUUCUUUUGUUUAUAGAGAAUGUGGUCUUUUGCAAAAUGAAAAGGUAAGAGAACGAAGCACAGUAACACAAACUCCAAUUCUGUUCCCUUGCACCCUUCCUAAUAAAUUUAUGGACAGUCUGGGUCAGGUUGUGGCUGGAUUUCUAUAUUGCUUGAAGACUUGGAAAACUCUGUAUACUAUUUCAUACUUCAUGCUUCUAUAUCUUUUUUCUUUUCCCAAUGGGUUACUACUUCCCUAUCAGGGAAAAGAAUAUAGUUGUGUUUUUUUUUUCCUAAACCAAGCAGUUUCUUUGCAUAAAAGUUGGUAUUUCCUCCUUUCUCAAAGGUUUGUAUGUUUUCUUUUAUGUACUAGAACUAUAUGAUUAUGUUUUAUUCCUACAGUAGUAGCAUUUGCAUAAAUCUAACUAUUGCACUUGCCCCAAAAAGCCUUAGAAAAGUCAGUUGCAGAGUUGUAUAAUGGGAUCCAAUAUUACUAGGUUUUAACAUAAUGAUAGCUUCAGUGUUAUAAUAGUCUUUUAUAUUUCUUUUGGGGGAAAAUGGAUUACUACUGUUUUUCAGAAGCCUGUUCCCAAGAUGAAAACUUUAUUCUCAAACAUGACAGAGCGUUCCUUUUGUCAAUGGCAAAUCGAGGGAAACAUACCAAUGGUUCCCAGUUUUUCAUUACCACAAAACCUGCUCCACACUUGGAUGGGGUGCAUGUUGUCUUUGGACUGGUUAUUUCUGGUUUUGAAGUAAUUGAACAAAUUGAAAAUCUGAAAACUGAUGCUGCAAGCAGACCAUAUGCAGAUGUGCGAGUUAUUGAUUGUGGGGUACUUGCCACGAAAUCAACAAAGGAUGUUUUUGAGAAAAAAAGGAAGAAACCAACUCAUUCAGAAGAUUCGGAUUCCUCUUCCAAUUCCUCAUCCUCUUCAGAAUCAUCUUCAGAAAGUGAAAUUGACCAUGAGAGAAGCAGAAGAAGGAAACAUAAGAAGAGACCAAAAGUUAAACAUUCUAAAAAGAGAAGGAAGGAAAUAAACAGUUCAGAAGAGCCAAGAAAUAAGCAUGCAAUGAGCCCAAAAGGACGCUCUGAGAGGAGUGAUACCAAUGAAAAAAGGUCAGCUGAUUCAAAUGCUAAAAGAGAAAAACCUGUGGUUCGCCCAGAAGAGAUUCCUCCAGUGCCCGAAAAUAGAUUUUUACUAAGAAGAGAUAUGCCACUUGUCACGGUGGAACCUGAACCGAAGAUUCUUGAUGUUACACCUGUUCUAAGUGAUCAGAAACCAUCUGUAUCAAAAUCUGGACGGAAGAUUAAAGGAAGAGGCACAAUUCGCUAUCACACACCUCCAAGAUCAAGAUCCUGCUCUGAAUCAGAUGAUGAUGAUAGCAGUGAAACGCCUCCUCACUGGAAAGAGGAAAUGCAGAGAUUACGAGCAUACAGGCCACCUAGUGGAGAAAAAUGGAGUAAAGGAGAUAAGUUAAGUGACCCUUGUUCAAGCCGAUGGGAUGAAAGAAGCUUGUCCCAGAGAUCCAGAUCAUGGUCCUAUAAUGGAAAUUACUCUGAUCUUAGUACAGCAAAACACUCUGAUGGUCAUCAUAAAAAACGCAGAAAAGAGAAAAAAGUUAAGCAUAAAAAGAAAGCUAAAAAACAGAAGCAUUGUAGAAGACACAAACAGACUAAGAAGAGGAGGAUUAUUGUACCCUCUGACAUAGAAUCCUCAAAAUCUUCCACCCGACGAAUGAAACCCUCUUGUGAUAGAGAAAGGAGAUCUCGUUCCUCCUCAUCAUCAUCUCAUCAUUCAUCAAAGAGGGAUUGGUCUAAAUCUGAUAAGGAUGACCAGAGCUCUUCAUCCCACUCUAGCAGAGACUCAUAUAGGUCGAAAUCUCACUCCCAGUCUUCUUCUAGAGGAAGCUCAAGAUCAAGGACUCCAUCAAAAUCUUCAUCACAUUCUCGAAGUAGAUCAAAGUCCAGAUCUAGUUCCAAGUCAGGGCACCAAAGGACAGCUUCAAAGUCACCAAGAAGGACAGCCCCUCAGUUAAGUGAAAAUAAGCCAGUUAAAACAGAACCCUUAAGAGCAACUGUGCCAAAAAAUGAAAAUGUUGUAGUGCAGCCAGUGGUGGCCGAAAACAUUCCUGUAAUACCACUGAGUGAUAGUCCCCCUCCUUCAAGGUGGAAGCCUGGACAGAAGCCCUGGAAGCCCUCUUAUGAGCGAAUUCAAGAAAUGAAAGCUAAAACAACCCAUUUGCUGCCUAUCCAAAGCACUUACAGUUCAACAAAUAUUAAAGAGAUUGGUAGUUCAUCAACCUACCAUAAAAGAGGAAACAAUUCAGAAAGUGAUCAGAGUGCUUAUUCAAAAUACAGUGAUAGAAGUUCAGAGAGUUCACCAAGGUCUAGGAGCAGAUCUUCUAGGAGUAGAUCUUAUUCCAGAUCAUACACAAGAUCUCGAAGUCUAGCUAGUUCACAUUCAAGAUCUCGAUCUCCCUCAUCUAGGUCUCACUCACGAAAUAAGUACAGCGAUCACUCACAGAGUAGUAGAUCCUCUUCAUACUCCUCUGAUAGCAGUGAUAAUGGAAGACGAGCGAAGAGAAAAUUUAAAUCCAGUGGGAAAAAAAAUAACACUUCAAAUAAAAGGCGUAGCAGCAGCUCUGAGAAGACACUUGGCAAUAAAUAUGUCAAAGGCAGAGACAAGUCUUCCUGUCAGAGAAAGUAUAGUGAAAGCAGGUCAUCUUUAGAUUAUUCUUCAGACAGUGAACAGUCAAGUGUUCAGGUUACACAGUCCACCCAGGAAAAAGAGAAGCAGACUCCCAUGGAAAUGAAUAAUAAACCAGAGAAAAACAGAGAUGAAGAGAAACCCAAGUCUGAACGGGAAUGCUCCUGUUCAAAAAAAAGAACUCUGAAAGAGAAUCUUUCUGAUCACUUUAGAAAUGCCAGUAGACCCAAAAGAAAGAAUUAUGCUGGGAGUAAAUGGGACUCUGAGUCAAAUUCAGAACGAGAUGUAAUGAAGAACAGUAAAAAUGAUUCCCGGCAAUCUUCCGAUAAAGAGGAAGGUGAGGCCACAUCAGAUUCGGAAUCAGAGUUUGGUGAAAUUCACAUCAAAGGCAAACCCACAGCAAAGUCUGCAGCAAGUGCUUCAUUGCCUGAUAGUAAUGGCACUUGGAAAUCGGGCAAACAGCAGUCAUCAAGCUCUGUUUCUGAGGAUUCCUGUUCAAAUUCAGAAAAUAAGAGAGAAAAGCAACGGAGGCACAAACACGUAUCAAGGGAAAAUCUUAAAAGGGACCACAGCAAAAAAGUGAAAGAAAAAUUGAAAGGGAAAAAAGACAAAAAGCACAAACCUCCAAAACGAAAACAAGCAUUUCACUGGCAGCCUCCACUAGAAUUUGGUGAAGAGGAGGAGGAGGAGGUUAAUGAAAAGCAAGUUACUCAGCAGUCAAAAGAAAAAAAACAAGUUUUUGAAAACACUGAAACCAUAAAAGAAAAUAUUCCCCAAACUGAGAAAUCCUGUGAAGAUGGCAACCUUCCAGCCAAGCAUAAUAUGACAAUUUCAUCAAAUACUGAUCAGCAUGCUAAAGAUGAUAGUAAACUGAGCACUUCUCCCAGAGCCGUAAAUACUGAGGAACAUGUAGCCACUUCUCCCCCAGACAUUCAGCAUAUUGAAGAAAGUGUCCCCAGCAGAGUGGAGGAUGUGCUUCAAACAGAUGACAACAUGGAGAUUUGCACUCCUGACAGGAGCUCCCCAGCAAAAGUAGAAGGGACUUCUCCUCUGGGAAACUCAAGGCUUGCCAGCACAGAUACAAGCAUUGUUCUAAAGCAGGACAAGCAAAGGGAAUCCCCUGAGGCAGAGUUGCUAAAACAGGAAAGCAGUACGUCUGACAGCAAAGCAGCGGGGGAAGUGGGGAAACCGGACAGCAGUGCUGGAGAAAGCACUGUGAAGAGGGAGGGGACUGAAAAGAGCCAGAUCGGCCUCAUGGAUAAUAAAUGGAAACCCCUACAGGGCAUAGGAAACCUGGCAGCACCGACUGCUACCGCGUCCAGUGCUGUGGAAGUUAAGGCAUUGACUACUGUGCCUGAAAUAAAACCACAAGGCUUGAGAAUAGAAAUUAAAAGCAAAAAUAAAGUUCGGCCUGGGUCUCUCUUUGAUGAAGUAAGAAAGACAGCUCGCUUAAACCGGAGACCCAGAAAUCAGGAGAGUUCAAGUGAUGAGCAGACACCUAGUCGGGAUGGUGAUAGUCAGUCCAGAAGUCCAAGUAGAUCUCGAAGUAAAUCUGAAACCAAGUCAAGACACAGAACAAGGUCUGUCUCCUAUAGUCGCUCAAGAAGUCGAUCACGAAGUUCCACAUCAUCUUAUCGAUCCAGAAGCUACUCUAGGAGUCGGAGCAGAGGGUGGUACAGCAGAGGGCGCACAAGAAGCCGGAGCAGUUCCUACCGCAGCUACAAAAGUCAUAGGACAUCCAGUAGGAGCAGAUCCAGGAGCAGCUCUUACGAUCUCCACAGUCGAUCCAGCAGGUCCUACACUUACGAUAGCUACUACAGCAGGAGUAGGAGUCGAAGUAGAAGCCAGAGGAGUGACAGUUACCGCCGAGGCAGAAGUUAUAAUAGGCGAUCCAGGAGUUGUAGAUCUUAUGGUUCUGACAGUGAAAGUGACCGAAGUUACUCCCAUCACCGGAGCCCCAGUGAAAGCAGCAGAUACAGUUGAAAUGUCCUUUUUUUGAUACAAAUUAUAUCUUAAUUGUAAAUAUCUGGUAACUUAAAAGUUUAAGAAACUUAAUGGCAAUCUGUUCUAUUUCAAUAUUAGCAAUGAAUUUCAAAGAUAGAUACUUGUUACUUGUUCAUUUACAGUGUGCAGAAUUUAAAUACAGCUAUGUCUCAGAAAUAUUUUUAUGCCAUAUUCUACAGUAGCCAACUAUGGAAAUUAAUUUUAUUUUCUUGAAUCAAGAAAUCAUGAAAUUUAAAUAUAAUUUACAAUAUUAUUUUAGAUACACUAUUUCUCCUAUCUCAUGUAUUCCCUAGAAUAAAAUUCUUUUUGAUUCGCUAUUAAGGCUUUAGCAUAUAUGCUGCCAAAUAUCGAAUCGUGAAGGUGAACUGUUAAACGUAGCCAAAUAUUUAUAUAUCACUUACACAGAGUCUUAUACAUAUAUGCUCCGAAAAACAAACUGCCCAGAAUUGAUACUACUGGUUGCAAGGAGUAUAAGACAGUAGCUCUGGGGUUCUUAAUUCAUUCCUUCCUUCUUUGUUGUCUCAGAGGAUCAGGAAAGUUGUCAUCAUAUAUCCCACUGUCUGAGUUACUGCAGGCUGGCGGGAAAGUUCAAAAUAAUAAACCAGCCUUAACUAUAAAUAGCUGCAUUGUCUCUAAGGACCCAAUGUUUUAUGUGCUUUUUUAAUAAAUACUAUCAGAAGUUUUGAUUGUAAAAAAUUGUAUUCCAGUUUCAUGCUUUGGUGCUUGGCACUUUUUGGUGCCCCCUUAAGCAUUGUUCUUAUCUACUAUACAUUAGAAUCUCAUGAGAGGGAGAAAUGAAUUAUUUUUUCUUUAUUUACUAGCACCAAACAUAGUUCCUUCUGGGCUGUAAUCACUUUGAAUAUUUGGAGGGUUUCUGCAAGCACAGGUAUGGACUGUGGGGCCCCCUGAGGCAGGCAGGAUUGGCAUAAUAGCCACUCAGGGGUACUGCCCAUAAGUGAUGUGUAUGCCUGCCUCUGAACAAGUGAUUUGAAGAGUGGACUUUAAAAGUAACACCAAAAUCUAACUGCCACCUUCCUGAAGACAUUUCACAGGGCUGUAUUUCUAAAUCUUUUAAGGAAGAGAUCUGCCACAAAGCAGUUGAACUGUUUGAGCACCAGCAUGUUUGUUCCUGUUUCCAUCGUGACCCACGCUCACUCAGCGAAGCUUUGCCACAGGAAUAAACUGGGAUAACAGAUGACAUAAACUACACAUUUUCAGUUUUGGGUGGUUCCUCCAAAGAUGAUUUGAUCUGUAAAAACUGGUGUGGGUUUGUUUUUGUUUUUUUUUUUCUUAACCUUUAGUUUGUUUCUUUCCCCAAGUGUACUUAAUCACCUUAGUGCCAGUCCAAACCAGUUAUGCAGAAGAAAUUCAUAUUGGAUGCUUGAUGUAGAACUCUGUGCCAUCCUACCUCAGGCCUCGCCUGGGAAGUAGGAAAGAACCCUCAUUUUGAGGGAUCUGACAACCCUUGAUGGAUGAAGGGGUGACUUUGGGGGAUAACUAUCACUCAUAGAAGGUUCAUAAACAGGGUUAUGCAGUUAGUUGUUUGCCAAGUUGACAGGCAAGAGUACAUUAGACUAGAGGGUUUAAAUCAAACAUACUUAUUAGCGAAUGUAAAACAAUGUGUGAUUCCUACAAAGUGUUUUCAAAAGUUGCCUGCAAAGGAGAAUAUUGCUUAAUAAUACUCAGUGGGGGUGGUGGGGACAAACAAACAGAAACUGCCAAAUUAAGAAUAGUUAUCCUCGGGCAGUAUAGUAGUGGUCUGUUGCUGUUUAACAAAUCACCCCAAACUUAGAUGCUUAAAACAACACCCAUUUCCUAGCUCACAGUUCUGUAGCUCAUGAGUCCAGCAAGGUGUGGCUGGGUUCUCUGCCCAGGCUCCUCACAAGGCUGCAAUCAAGGGUCAGCAGGGCAGCAUUCCUUUAUGGACACUCUGGGGAGGACUCUGCCUCCAGGCUCAUUCAGAUUACUGGCAGAAUUCAGUCUUGCUGGCUGCCAGCCAGGAGCCUCACAGCUCCUUAGACUGCUCACUUUCGCACUGGUAUGCUCCCCUUCAUCUUCAAGCCCAAAUGGCCCAUCACGUCGUCCUUCUCAUGCUUCAUCUCUCACUGCCUUCCUCCUCUGUAAUAAAGGUCUGUGUGACUUGAUCAAAUCCACUGAGACAUUCUCCCCAUUUUAAGGUUAUCUGUGCCAUAGAAUGUAACAUCAGCACACGAGCGAUAUCCCACUUCCUGGGAUUGGGGCAGGGAAUGGGAGAAGCAUUUUAGAAUUCUGCCUGUACUCACAAAAACUUCGCCCAUCUCAACUGUGGGUGGAAUUUUUCCCUGAAAAAGCGGGCUCUAGAAACCUUGUUUUCUCUCUUCAUGGAACAGAAGAGCCCUGAGCUGCAGCAUUCAACUUGUGUGUUUACUGAGUGAACUACAGAAACAGCUUUUCUUCCUAAAUGGGAUUGUUCUGUAUUUUGAGGUAUUUUUAAUAAAACUGAAUUAUGUUGUGUAUUGUGCUUCUUAGAAAAUGCAUUAUUGGACUGUUUUUGUAAUGUCCUGUUUACUGCAGUGAAACAUGAUAUAGCUGGUAUUGUUCAAAAACUGUAGAAACACUUUUGUACAUAUUGGCAGUGUCUUAAUUUGUAUACACUACAUUCAAAUUUCCCUAAAACUGAAAAGGGGGACCCUUGUAGAAAUUAAAAUAUAUACUUAGUCUAAGGUUGAGUCUGUGCAUGUUUCAUCUUCCUGUGCUCAUCCAGACUUCAGUAGUCUUUCUGAAAUGGAAAAGAAAACAGUCUCCUCGCUGACCCAGCCAGUUUGAGAUUUCAUCUUUCUGCAGCUUAUUUUCUUCUAGCCGAGUGGACGGCUGUUAGCAUGCCAUUCAGCUAGAGACAACUUCAGGCGGUGGUGUUCACCUACCCACAGAGGUACAGAUGGCUCUUGGUCUCCCUCCCCUGCAGACUCUGGAUUCCUCCAGGCUUUGAUGUUGCUCGCUAGCUGAGGUGACCUGCAGACAGAUGUCUUUGCUGAGCAAGGAAUAUGUCCCCUCCCACUUAUGAGUUGCCGUGUAGGGAAAGCAUAAUUACCUGCUGACCCAACGACAGCCUCCACAUGCCCUCCCUGACAGUGGCACACCGGGACAUAGCACUCACUCCUGGAGAAAACAUUCAUGGUUAUAUUUUUAGCAUCCACUUGAGAAUUCAUAGGACAAUUACAAUUAAUGUUUUUUUCCCUCAGAACUCAAAGGAAUUGGUAUUUUUUUUUAAGUGAAU